CGUUACCAAUUGCCACGUUUGUUCCCAUUUCCAUUCCGUUCAAAAUUCCCUCCGCCUCUUUUCCUUUCCCAAUCUUCUCUCGUUUCGCUUCUCCGGCUUCCGCGCUUCAAUUGUCCCCAAAAUCUAGGUACCGGUUGUCUUCUUCACUCUCAAAACCAUGAAUAUUUUCAGGUUCGCCGGCGAUAUGACACACUUGAUCAGUAUUUUAGUCCUUCUCCUCAAAAUAUACGCUACCAAAUCCUGCUCGGGAAUUUCACUCAAGACUCAGGAGCUGUAUGCCCUUGUUUUUCUCACCCGGUAUUUGGAUCUGUUCACGGACUUCAUAUCUGUCUAUAAUACUGUGAUGAAGAUGAUUUUUAUAGCGAGCUCUCUGGCAAUUGUUUGGUGUAUGCGGGUGCAUCCAAUCGUGAGGCGGUCAUAUGAUAAAGACCUGGACACUUUUCGUUAUUAUUUUCUUGUUGCUGGAUGUUUCAUUCUCGCCCUUUUAGUGAAUGAAAAGUUUGGGUUUCAAGAGAUCUUUUGGGCAUUUUCAAUCUACUUGGAGGCCGUAGCAAUUCUUCCUCAAUUAGUCUUAUUGCAACGAAGUGGAAAUGUUGACAAUUUAACUGGCCAUUAUGUCUUCUUUCUUGGAGCUUAUCGUGCACUCUACAUCCUCAACUGGAUCUACCGAUACUUCACAGACAUACACUUCAAUCGGUGGAUAGCUUGCAUUGCUGGCCUGGUUCAGACGGCUUUAUAUGCUGAUUUUUUUUACUACUACUACAUUAGCUGGAAAAACAACGCGAAGCUUCAGUUGCCAGCUUGAUUAAAUCUAGAAUCAGUGUAUGAUGUUAUGGAGCUUGAGAUCCAGUUAUGUUUUUACAUCAUGGUAGGUAAAUAUGGCUUGGGAGUGGGGAUAGAAGUAGAACACCUAACUUCAAUCAUCACAAGUUCCUUCAUUUCCGGGUAGAGAACCUCAGGUGGGUUCUUGAUGCAUACUGAAAUUUCAUAGGGACUUUUUGAUUAACCCUGUUCAUAGUUAAUUAUAGUUUCCAAGGUUAGGUUGCUCUUCUUCAUUGCUAACUUGUAAAGAUAUCCUUGGGAGGACUGACAUCAAGAUUAUAUAAGCUGAUGCAGGAGUCCAUUCUGUAGUUCCUACGUUCAUUGUCAAGGCGUAGGAAACCACUUUCACUUUGAGAGAACAAAUUUGAAGUUCAUUUUCACUGCAACUACUAAUAGAUAUCAAUGGCAGUAUGGUUUUUAGUUUUCCAGUAUUUCUAUUAAAUACAACACGACUUUUUGGUAUCCUCCAUCGUUAUUGUUGUGAUCAAAUUGGAAGCUGAGUACUCAUUUGGCAAAUGUUGUCUUCUUGUUUCUUGUGAAA